CCUGCAGCCAAGGACGACGCCGCCCCGUUGAAGUCCGAGGCCGCGUCGACGUCCUCCUUCUCUCUGGUGACUCCGCUGCUGGUCGUGGCGGCUGCCGUGGGCUGGGGCAAGCUCGCGCAGAGGGAGCUGCAGGCCGAAACGGUCGAGGAGCUCGUGUCCAAGGUCUCGGACCGUCUCAGCGUCCAGUACAACGAGUUCAUGAACCCUUCCAGUGCCCUCGAGCAGGAGCAGGAGCUGCUGUACAAGUACGACGACGAGACGCUCAUUGCGAUGGAGGUUCGCCACCUCGUGAGCGACUUGAGCUGCAGCGACGACAAGUACGCGGCCAGCCCGCUGUUCGACGGCAAGCUCUUGCCCGUGCAGGAUCCGAUGCAGUUGGAGCAGCCCAUGGGCAGUCGUGUGUUUUUCAUGCUCAAUGGACGCAAUGAAGGCGUCUACGUGUCGUGGAACGGAGAGUUCAACUGUGUGGGCAAGGCGGCGGAGCUGGCCGCGGGUUGGCUGGGCGCCGACCGCGACGUCAUGGAGAACGGCGUGAGACUGUACAAUCAGAUGGGCUUUGCCAUCCGCAGCGCGGAGGAUCUUGCGCAGGCCAGGAACAUCGUCCACAUCUUGCUGGACUUCCAGUUGUGGCAGUGGCCGGGCAUUGAGAAGGGGUACCAGUACGUGCUGGAGGACGGCGUUACGCUGACGACCGUGGCCAUGAGCCCCAAGGUCUUCGACGUGCAGUACUUCCUGAACCAGAACGAGUCCGAGAAGAUCAUGGAGCUCGGCAUGCCCGGGCUGUCCCGCUCGAAGGUGGACGGCAGCAACUCGUCCAAGGUCACGUCCAAGUCGCGCACGAGCCACACGGCCUUCCUGGAGGACAGCAUCUUCACGCGCGAUUUCCGCGUACGAGCGGCACGCGUGGCUCGCCUGCCUAGUCCGACGUUUGCGGAGCGCCUCCAGCUUCUGCAGUACAACGCUGGGGAAUUCUACCGCCAGCACUUCGAUACGUUCCACUCGCGCGACUUCUUGCCCAAGGACGCCAACGCGUUCUACUACGAAGACUACGAAGAAUGGACCAAGUGGGCGGCGGAAAAGCUUCGCAGUCUGGAUCAGAGCAAGCUGCCGGAAGAGUUCUGUGAGGGUGGUCCAUUGUUCCCCGACGCGGAGGACCAGCAAACUUUCCCCAAUGCUCUGCUGGAAGUUUUCCACCAGAAGAUGGUGGCGACCAACAUGUUCAAGGCCCUUACGGACGAGGAAUAUGAGCGGUGGAUUCGUAUCAACCUGGACAAGGACGCCUUGGACCUCAUGAAGGACUUGAUGGACAAGAAGAGGCGUCCCUCUUACUUGCCACGUAUUGUCCAGGCUUGGGAGGAGAAGCUCGGCCGCGGCGAGCUGCGCUACACGUUCCCCAAGCCGCAGGUAAACGGUCAGUCGAGCUACUACAACUGGGUCCGCUGGGCGAAGGAGCGCGUGAGCUACCUCGGUGACAAGUGCCCGCCUAUUGCUCGUCCCAAUGGCGACCUGUACCCGCAGUACACUGUCGAGUUCCAAGAGCGCUUGCUGGAGUUUGUGCACGACGACUAUAGCAAGGACUUCAUCAUUCAGAUGACGAACGAAGAAUGGUACGACUGGCUCAUGGAGAACCGCGGCCGCUUGCUUGUGCUCUUCCAGGUGCUCAAGACGUUCCCUCACUUCGCCGAGCUGAUCAUCAGGACGUGGGAGUCCCGUGUGCGGAGCCCUCUGCUGCGUUACAAGCUGCCCAAGUACGUCAAGCACUUCCACCCGCAGCGCUACGUAACGCUCUUCAUGUACCUGAACAACCAGACGAAGAUCGGUGGCGAGACUGUCUUCCCCUAUGCAGUGGACCGCUUCUCCGACGAGGAAAUCGUGCGCGACGGCAUGGACGAGUGCUCAAAGGGUUUGGCCGUGCCACCCCGCGGACUGCACGCCUCGCUGUUCUACACGCAGACACCCGAGGGCGACAUCGACGAGAUGAGCCGCCACGGUGGCUGCCCGCCCCACGAAGGAACCAAGUGGGGAUCGAACGCCUUCAUGUGGGACUCGGACGCCGACGAAGGCGCAGAACUGUGGACCACCAAGUAAGCUAAGGAGAGGAGAGUGAGUAUAUGGUACGUAAAUUCGUAAUGAAAGGUAGCGUUUGC